AUGGACGACUUAGAAUUUGACAACCAUGCCUGCGCAGCGACAGGAAAGCCGAGAGCGACCACAGGGAAACCGAGAGCGGCCAGGCCCAAGGCCAAGGCUCAGGCUGGAGGAGAGCGGCGCAAAGCAGGCAUAAGGGCUGUGAAAAAGAUCCUGAAGAAGAAGACGUCUGGCAAACAGCAAAAGGCGAAACCUACGACUACGCGGCAGGCCUCCUCCUCAUCAUUGCAGAACAUGGUUGCCACAAAGUUCCUGCAGGAGCUUGGGGCGUUGGCCUCAAAGCUGGCGGCCGAGGAGAGGGAGGGCGGGUCAAGUUUUGCAAGAGCCGAGCUUCGGCGUGGCCGAACAAUCUUGCUGGGCUCUGACUGCGCAGGAUUGGGGAGCGACUUGGUCAGUCUCGUGAUGUCUCUUGACACAGCCUCAGCCAAGACCAAGUUCGUUGCAGAGGCUGACCAAGGGAAGCUUCAGUGGCUGCGUGCAAUCUCAGCACACCUGGCUGAUGAAACCCCGGAGCUGGAGUACCAGGACAUCACCACGCGUGACAACCGUUUGGCGCCCAGGGUGCAUCUGUUUGUUUCAGGAGCACCCUGCCCCCCCUUUUCCUCUGCUGGCAAACGGGGGGGUUUGUCUGAUGAUCGAGGUUGGCUCAUACUUCACUCACUCAGCUACGUCGUCUGGCAACGUCCAAUGGUUGCCGUGUUCGAGAACGUGAAAGGCCUGGCAAAUGCCCGGAACAAGGCAUUGCUGGAUGCCAUUGUCAAGAUAUUGAAGGACUGCGGGUACAAGGUCUAUGCUGAUAUCUUGAAUACGCAGGAACAUGGCUUACCACAGUCUCGGCCACGCGUCUAUGUCGUAGCUAUGCUGAAGGAUUACAUCUUGCCGACGAGAAAGUUCAGCUUCCCCGAGCCAAUUGCAAUGCCGAGCUUGGAAAGGUGUUUGGAUCAUCAGAAGGAACUGCCGGAUUCCAACAUGCCAGAUCAAGCGAGUGGCAAGUCUGCAAUCAGGAACAUCCGGAAGGCGAGGGGGCGGCUGCUUGCCAAGGGCAGCGAUGAUGUGCCCUCAUCCGAGGAGGUUGUAGUUGACACAGGCUGCGGGAAGAAUUUUUUCUCUAUGAUGAUUGGUCGCUCGCCCUGCCUGACAAAGGCAAGAGGCGGACAGGGCGGCUACUACCUGCUCAAGCGCAAGAGGCACAUGACGAUUUAUGAAAUGGGGGCGAUCCAAGGGUGGGACAAGUCUUGGGUUGACAUUUUGCUGGAGGCCAACAGCUCCUGCAAGAAACUGGGCAAGGCGUUUGGCGACGGCAUGUCCUUGAACGUGUUGCAACGCCUUCUUCCGCGCGCCCUCUACACUGUGAACCUUGUGAACAAGCUUCCAGAAGAUCAUUGGAAGAACAUGCCGAAAAGUGGCAGACUCCCCCGGGCCGUCUACAAGCAAAAGCUUCGGCGGCGCUGA